AUGAAAAAGAGUAAGUAGUAAAGAAGAUAAUCUGUAGAUCCAAGUCAGUUCAAGUUAACUGAGGAUGAUUAAUACAAAGCGGCGAGAGAAAAUUUAUUAUCCAAAGUAGUUCCAGAUGAAGAAGCAAAUGCCUUGUCCAAACAAGCUGGUAACCAACAAACACACAAAAGUAAAAGUGAAUAAAAUAUGUCAGUCGCUAAAAACCUUAUGCGACUAUUCGCUCAUCAAAAAGAAGCUAUUGAGGACCUUAAAUAAUGCAGGGUGAAUCCUGAUUUUACUAGUGCAUUUAGAAAUGACUUGGAAUUCUUUAUUCCUCAGCUCUGCUCUUUUUUUCUAAAAGGAAAUUAUGAGGAUCCAUAAGAACUAAAAGAUUUGAUCGUACUAGCAAGCUCAGCUAGCUUUUAUUUUAGUCAUAGAGUAUGGUUUUUCUUCUAGAGUACCAUGUUUUAGGACAGACUUAAGAAUGUGUGCUUGGAAAUAAAUGAAAAGCUUUAUUUGGCAAACUCUCAGGAUCUUAUCACUCUUAUUGGAGAUCUAAAUUUACUUGAUUUCUACCCAAAUUUUAAAAUGGAUAAAAGUCUAAUACGUUAUCAUCACAAUAAUUCAAAUAAUACAAACUAACUACAAAAUGAGAUUGAAAAGGAUCAAUAGAUAGAUAAGAUCAUUCAAACUUAAAAAAUCAUUAAGAGAUAUGUGAAUGAUGGUAAAGAUGAAGAAGAGUUAAAUUUUGACAACAAUAUGAUGAUCUUAAAGAAAACAGGAACCUUUCUAAGUGUAGAUGAUCAUGGCAAUGAGAUUUCAAUUUGCGCUAAAGACAUAAUUUUAUAGCCAUUUACUCUUUCGCUAGAUAACAUAGUAGAAGAGUCAAAGAUUGAUAACACUUCAAAUAUGGAGCCUGACUAAAAAUUUAAAUUGUAAGCUUAUCUUUCUACACCAAAGUUUAUUAAAUGCUUGACUGAUGUAUCUCAUAAUUUGAGUGCUUUAAAGAUACCAAAAGAUGAAAAAGUCAGUAUAUUAAAAGAGGAAAUUCGGAAAAUAAAUUCCUAACUUCCAGCUAGUGUUUACAUUCCCUUCGUAAAUGAGCUAUAUAGACCAGAGGAACUUAGUGUUUAUUCAAAUAAAAAUGGUUAGAACAAUGCUUUCAGCUCUCUCAGUUCUAACUCUUAAAGAUCUAAUAAAUCGUAAUCGUUUGAUGAAAAUAAAGAUCUUGAAAAUCCAUACAAUAAAGAUAAAAAGAAGCAUAAAAGAUAAAUAUCUGCGAUCGAUGGCUAAAACCCAAAGAACUAGAGUGGUUCAUCACAAAAUAAGUAAGAUUAAAGAUGGAAAUCCUCAGCUAACAAAAAGAACCCAAAUAAUAAGCAUUCUGAAUCAAGAGAAAAAGAUGAAGAGGCAUAAGAAUUAGUUAAAUUAGCAGAUAUGAGAGUUUCAAAUGCCCUAGUCAUUAAUAGACACUAGCGUAGAUCGUUUAGAAGAUCACCCAAUGAAAAAACUGAUCAAAAUGCUUUAAAAAUUAACACUGUUGAGAAUUUACGUAAACAAUAAACGAUAAAUCCAUUAGCUCAAAUAAGAAAUCAUAUUAUGGAGGAAAGCGCUGAUAUGUCAUUUGAAGAAGAUGAAGGAAUAGAAAUGACUUAAUAAUAAAAUCUUCUUAAUCCAUCUAUAUAGACUAGUAAAGUUUAAAUUUAGGGAUAAGGUUAAUAAAGUAUUGGUAAUUAACCAUAAAACCUUGGUAUUGUUAAAAAAAGCUAUGAACCACCUUAACUUGCUACUGUGUUGGAGUCUGAAGAUCACUUCUUUACAACUAAUUUGAUUAAGUAAACUUCUAUUGAAAAGCAUUAAAGGAUAUACAAAAAUUAAGGUCCAAACUUUAAUAACAAUGCUUAAUAUGAGAUAGAUCCAUCAGAUAAAGUGAUAAAUUUGCCUGAUAGUGAUGAGGAUUCAAGUUAAUCUGAAGGUAGAGACAAAAUAGAUUCUAGUGGUUCAGAUACCAGCAGUGAUGAAGAUAUGAUAGUCGCAAGGACUGAAGAGGAAGAAGAAAAAUAAAUUGCUUAACUAAAGAAAUAUGAAGAUUUAGAGCUUGGAAAUGCUGUUGAAGAUGUAAUAAGAUCUAUGAGUAGGAGAUAAACAAAAGCUGAUUGCAAAAAUAUUUUGAUUGAAGAAACUUCUCAGGAAUAAGAAGAAAGAAUCAGGAAAAAUUCUCCCUUUGGUCAUUUAAAAACUUGGAAACUUUUCAGGAUGAUAGUGAAGUCAAAUGACGAUGUGAGAUAAGAACAAUUCGCAAUGCAGUUAAUUAGUGAGAUUCAUUAAAUUUUCAGAAUUAGAAAACUACCUAUUUUCCUAAAAGCUUAUGAAAUUUUAGCCACUGGUCCUAGAUGUGGUCUAAUUGAGGUAAUAACUGAUGCAUUGAGUUUAGAUGAGAUUCAUAAGAAAACUGAGGGUAGUUCACUUUAUGAUUUCUACUUAAAAAAUUUUGGCUAAGGCAGAAAAAAGAGUCGAGCUUUUAGAAGAGCUUAAAAAGCAUUUAUAUAGUCUUUAGCAGGUUAUUCUCUCGCUUGCUACAUUCUUUAAAUAAAAGACAGACACAACUAAAACAUUAUGAUUGAUUCAUAGGGGCACAUUAUCCAUAUAGAUUAUGGAUUUCUUCUAUCAAAUUAGCCUGGUAAAGGAUUGAAGUUUGAAAAAGCUCCUUUUAAACUUACUUAAGAAUUUGUUGAAGUAAUGAGAGGCACAAAAACUAAAAAAUUCAUAGCAUUUAGAAAUCUGAUGAAAAUAAAUGAUGGUAAUGGGAUAGAAGGACUUACCUUGCUUUUAAGAUGGAGAAAAUACUAUUAGAUCACUAAAAGAGAGAUUUUUCCCGACUGGAAGGAGGAUGAAUGA